UCAUCCAGCGGUUGGACCCCUUGUUUGGUUAACUGGUUACUUACAACAAAUGCAAUAGGAUUUCAAUAUUUUUAUGUUAAAUUUCUUUACUCAAUUUUGACUGAAUUAGUUUAAAACUUUUCUUAUACACAGAAGAUGAGAGAAAUUUGAGAGUAAUCAUCACAAUUACAGUGACUAUUGGAGCGAUUGCUAUAGCCAGCACUGCUUUCUUCUUCUGCAGGUGGAUGGCUAAGAAAAAGAGAGAGACAAUGCAUUGCAAGAUGGAUUACUAAAUAAUAUAAUUUGCAACAACAAUGAAAAGUAAAAGCAAUGAGAGUUUACUGUUUGACUUCCUAAACGACAUGAAACUCCAAGAUCUACUAAUCUUUAAUUUGGAAGAAUUGGCAACAGCAACAAACAACUUUGAUAUGGCUAAUAAGCUUGGACAAGGUGGCUUUGAUCCAGUCUAUAGGGGUAAAUUGCAUAAUGGACAAGAAAUAGUAGUGAAGAGAUUGUCUAGAGCGUCUGGGCAAGGGUUUGAAGAAUUUAUGAAUGAGGUGGCGUUGAUUUCUAAACUCCAACAUCGGAAUCUUAUUAGACUUCUUGGUUGCUGCAUUGAGGGAGAAGAGAAGAUGUUAAUCUAUGAAUACAUGCCAAACAAAAGUUUGGAUGCAAUUCUUUUUGAUCAAGAGCUUAAUCCAAAAAUAUCGGACUUUGGUAUGGCUAGAAUAUUUGGAGGCAAUGAAGAUCAAGUCAAAACUAUAAGGGUUGUCGGGACAUAUGGUUAUAUGUCUCCUGAAUAUGCAAUGCGAGGGCUAUUUUCAGAGAAAUCAAAUGUCUUUAACUUUGCUGUUAUUAUUAGUGAUUGUCAGAGGGAGAAGAAACACUUGCAUUUGUGAUGAGGAGCAA